GUAGCGCGAACAAGCAGCAGCGAGGCAACGCGGCCACUCCAGCCUGCUGCUGUCCAGCCUUAAAACCUGCAGCGCUGAGGAGAAAAAACUUCUUACAAACUUUAUUUCUGUUCUCCAAGACUUUUCUCACGCGGAGCCCGGUCGGACUGAACGGCUUUCCAACGAAAGCGGUACCACAAGUAACUUUUUACGGCGAGUUUAUGUUUUUUUAACGUACGUGAGGUGCUAGCGCUGCUCUCGGACGACUGGCUUUUGUUUUUUUAACCAGUUUGAACAGAUUUUUUUUAUUGCACCGCGAGGAGCGACCGCGUUAGAACUGAGUUUCUGUCUUUUCUCGAAUGGUCGCCCUCAUUGUGUAGUCGCUAAAGAGUUUUACUCUUAAUUCUUAAAGGGCUGAAGGCGGACUGUCCUCGGAGAGUAACGUACACAGCUCGAGCUGAACGGCUUUACAGAAGUGAACUAACUUCAGCACAGAGAGUGAGAGAGAGAGACACGGCGCAUCUCUCCAUGAGGAGCUCCAGCGCGGGAGCAGAAGUUUUCUCCUAACACAGGCUGAGUUUUCUCCUGUUUUUUCGGUUUUUGUUCGAGUGGGUGCUCCAUUAGUUCCACACAGCGAUGAAGACAGCUGUUGCCUUCGCUGUUUGUGCGUGUGUCGUGAUUUUGGUCUCCGCCGCGGUUGAGCAGAAGUCGAAAAACUGCAAUGAAGUCAGAACCGCUUACAGCUCGAAAGGCUUCAACAUCAACGACGUCCCCAACAAAGGAGUACACGGAGCCCAUCUGAAAGUAUGUCCUCAAGGCUUCUCCUGCUGCACUCUGGAGAUGGAGGAGAAGCUGAGUCAGCAAAGCCGCUCAGACCUGAAGGCUCCUGUCUCUCAGCUGAGCUCCAACCUGCAGAGCACCUUCACACAGAGACACCAACACUUCGAUCAGUUCUUCAAAGAGCUGCUUAACAACGCAGAGAAGUCACUGCAUGACAUGUUCGUGCGCACCUAUGGCGUGAUGUACGUGAAGAACGCUGAGCUGUUCAAGCAUUUCUUCCACGAGCUGCGGCGCUACUACGCCUCUGGGGGUGCCACUGUGCACCUGGACACCAUGCUGGCGGAGUUCUGGGCUGAGCUGCUGGAGCGUAUGUUCCGGCUGGUCAACGUGCAGUACGAGUUCACCGACACCUACAUGGAGUGUGUGAGCCGGCACACGGAACAGCUAAAGCCCUUCGGCGACGUUCCGCGCAAACUGAGGCUUCAGCUGACCCGCGCCUUUGUGGCGGCUCGCACCUUCACCCUCGGCCUGGCACUCAUCCCCGACGUGGUCAGCAAAGUCUCCACGGUGAGUGCCUCUCCGAGUUGUGUGCGUGCAGCUAUGAAAAUGUUGUACUGCCCAUACUGCACAGGCCAGGUGGCUCUGAAGCCCUGUAAGAACUACUGCCUCAACGUAAUGCGCGGCUGUUUGGCCAACCAGGCCGACUUGGACACUGAAUGGAACAACUUCCUGGAUGCCAUGUUGAGUCUGGCUGAGAGACUGGAGGGUCCAUUCAACUUUGAGUCUGUAAUGGACCCCAUUGAUGUGAAGAUCUCAGAUGCUAUCAUGAACAUGCAGGAAAACAGCAUGCAAGUCUCACAGAAGGUGUUCCAGGGUUGUGGACAGCCAAAACCCACGUUUCGCGCUCGACGUUCUACAAAAGACUCAGGCUUCCCUGGCCGCUUCCGUCCCUACAGCCCUGAUGCCAGACCCACCACUGCAGCCGGCACCAAUAUGGACCGACUGGUGACUGAUGUGAAGAAGAAGCUGAAGCAUGCCAAGAAGUUCUGGUCCACACUGCCAGAGACAGUUUGUGUUGGAGAAAGGGUUGCCCAGGGCGAUGAGUGCUGGAAUGGUACAGCCAAGAGCAGGUAUGAAUCUGUAGUCAUGGGCAACGGCUUGGCCAACCAGGUAUCCAAUCCCCAUGUUGAAGUAGACAUCACCAAGCCAGACGUUGUGAUUCGCCGACAAAUUGCUGUGCUGAAAGAAAUGACCAGCCGGCUGAAGGCUGCUCACAGUGGAAAUGACAUCACUUUUGAUAACGAAGAGGAUGGCAGCGGAGAGGAAAGUGGCAGUGGCUGCGAUUUGUCCUCUUGCAACAAUGAUGACAUGUACUUUUCCACCCCUCCGCCUGUCAAGAUCCACGUGCCUUACACAGACAGGGGUUCCUCCAGCGGUGUGCGAUUGGCCCGCUCUAGCCUGGUUCUGGCCCUGGCAGGCCUUGCUCUGGCUCUCCUGGCACCCCGCACCAGAUAAGAGUACCCUAGAGAACAGAGAGGUUGAGCAGUACUGAGGAAAACAGAAAACUGUCAGAGGACAUUUUAAUGAAAAAGGAAAAAAAGACAGCCUUCAGGACUAUGGUCUGCCUGCCAUCUAGGGAAGACUCUAGCUAUUAAUAUUGUAACUUCACCUUAAUUUUUAUAUAUAUAUAUAUAUAUAUAUAUAUAUAUAUAUAUAUAUAUAAUAUAAAUGGACGGUCAUGUACAGCAGUGGGAUUCACAACAGCAAUACGCCUCCCUUUGGUCCAUUUUCACACUGGACUUUGCUCCCUCCAGCCAUUAUCAGUGUUCAGUGCUACACAAUUAGUUUUCUUUUCUUUUGUCUCUUCCCAAAAUGAGCCUUAGUGGUU